AUGUCUCAGCAAUCGAGUGAUGGAUCUCCCAUAUCUGACUCGGAAACACCGGAAGAGUCCUCUAACCCUAAUAGGAUUCUUAAGGUUUUCCCUUUAAGGACGAUUAGCAGUGACGAAGUAAAGGCCACAAAGCCUAAAAUGAUACGUGCAAAGCGGCCCAAGGAGGGUAGUCAUAGCAAGGGCACCAAACCCUCUUCAUCAGCUACCAUGAAGGAACUUACUAAAGAAGGAUCCAAAUAUGCCGAUAGCGCAAUUACCAGGAUUGUUACUCACAUUCUGAAGGAAAAUCAUCAAGUGCCUGGAAUAUCUAUUCCUCUUCAAACCAUAAUGGCUUAUCCCCUCAAAAACACCAGUAAGGGUGAAGCUGUUCACACCGUUGAUAGUGACCCAGCUGAAGAGGAAAUCAACAAGAAUGAACAAGGGAUUGCUAAGAAUACCAAUGUUACUGAGGAUGUCAAUGACAUCGAUGAUAAAGAGCUCCCUAAGGCCAAUACUGAGACUGAUACUAAUGUGGUAGACUUAGAUGAGUACUCUGACGACGAAUUACUUACCUCCUUGAAUCCUAGUGUAGCCAACAAGCUAAUGACAAGAAGAAAAGGCAAAGUUGUUGUCCAAAGAUCACCUAAAAAGAGCACUCAAGUGAACAACCCUGCCAAAGACGCUGUCAGGAAGAAGAGUACUUCUGCAGGUCAAGAGCAAAGCUUGAAUGUCCCUGACAUUCCAUCAAGGAAGAAGCCUAAAACCAGCAAGCUUGCUGCUAGUAUUCCUAAAGUUCCCAUUGAUAAUGUGUCAUUCCACUAUGCCUCUAGUGCCAGCAGAUGGAAGUAUGUACUCCAAAAGAGAUUGGCUGUUGAAAGGGAAUUGGCUCCAAAUGCUCUUGAGAACAAGGAUGCCUUAGAGAAAAUUCAAGAAUUUAGACUUCUGAAAAUUGUCUGCAAUCUGCCCAAGUGUUAUGAGAAGCUGGUUAAAGAGUUCGUGGUGAAAGUAGAAGUGUGGACUUUAGAAAAGUAUGAAGCUCAACCUGAGCUUGAAGUAACAGACAACAAAGUUUGUCAAGUGAUCACAGCCAAGCAAGUAAAUAGAUGGCCUCUAAAACAGAAGCUAACUGCAAGUAAGAUGAGCAUCAAGUAUGUAAUGCUUCACAACAUAGGAGCAGCUAAUUGGGUGCCAACAAAUCACAAGUCCACUAUUUCAAUUGUACUUGGGAGAUUUAUAUAUGUUUUAGGGACAAAGGAAAAGUUUGAUUAUGGAGCAUAUAUUUUUUACCAAACCAUGAAGCUUGCUGGAAGCUUCAGUAUUAAGGGUCCAAUUUCUUUUCCAUCCCUCUUGUGUGGUGUAAUUCUAGAUCAAUAUCCAAACAUUCUCAAUGAUCAUGAUGUAGUGUGCAAGAGAGAAAGUCCAUUGGCCUUCCAUUACAAACUGUUUCAGGGUAAGCAUGUUCCAGACAUUGUCAUGACAUCAGCUGAAACUUCCAAAUCUGGAGCAUCAGCUAGCAAAACAAAAGUCAUAGCAAUACUAAAAGAGACUUGCAAAGAAUUGGAAUCUAGAAAAAUAUCUCUUGAAAAAAUGAUACGUACGCUGGAAAUGGAUGAGAAUGAGGAAUUUGCAGAUACUGAAGAGAUGCAAAAUAAAGAUGAACAAGAAUUGGAAGAAGAAAGUGCCAGUCCGGCUGAUGAUUCUGAGAAAGAAAGUUCUUCAGACACCUCAAGUGGGUCUGAAUUUGGGCAGUAA